UAGUUCAAUUAAAUAACUAACAUUUAUUUUGAAAUAAUUGCUUCCUUUGUAUUAUUUCAAAAUGAAAUAUUUUAAGGUGCUUUCUUAUUUUGUCUCAUAGUGAUACACACUAUGUUGAAACGUGUACCAUUUAUAAUUUCUUUAAUGGAUUAAUCCUAGCGAGAACGGAAAUGUCUGAUUCGGAGGAUUACCAAGAUGAAUAUAUAUUUCGCCCACAACAACAUUUGGAUGCUAAAUGGUUGAACCCUGACUUACAAGAUGCUCUGCACGACUCCAUAUCUCUUAACUUAUUGUACAAUAGUCUAGCCCAGGACCGUGAAAUAUAUUUUGAAGCAAGAGAUGGUCUCGUCAAUGCGUCUGGAAUAACAGCUAAACUAGGCGAUAGUGGGAAAUAUUAUUGCGGUCUAAGGAACCUUACUUGCACCUGUUGUGAUGGACUAUGUGGUCCUCAUUCGGGAUGUGCUUGCACCUCUUGCGCUGCACUCUCAUCAGAUGAAGAGAGACGUCUUGCCUUAGAUGCCAAGUUAGUAGCACCACCAUCAUCUGUUUGGGUCAUUGAUGGAAUCAAAUGGAAACAAGAGCCAGGUCCAGAAUGUCUGCAAAGUUUAAUGGAGUCUAUGAUAUGGGAGCAGCGUAUGAAAACUAUUAACACAGUUACCAGUUGCCCAAUAAUAUCUCAAAUCAGACGUCUGAUUGUCCUCUGCAAUAGACAUUUGGUGGCAGUUUUAAGGGAACAAACUCAAAACAAAGAUGUAAAGAAAAUCAGAAUAGAUAAGAAACCACCUCAUACUAUUAGCAAUAGAGCACUCAGUGGUGUUGUGAACACUCUAAAAUCUACUGAAAUAACUUCUGUUGGUCAAGAGGAUACUGAGGAACAUUCCGAUGAGUCUGAGAGUGCUUUAGGACUAGCACGCGUAGGAGCGCGAGCUGCGUUGAGAUUGGCUCUUUCACUGGUACGUCGUGCAUGGCGCUGCGGUGAAGACGCGGAUGUUUGCUCGGCGCUGCUCCGCGACGCAUUGGACGCGGUGCGCGCGCUGCCCGACGCAGCAUUGUAUGCGGGCGCUGGCCUCGGUGUGACGCAGGCGCCGCGCUCACAGAAGAUCUGGGCUGAAGUUGUUGAUAGUGCUGCUAAAUUCCUACAUCAAGUUGUUGUCGGUGAGGUUGGUUGCAAUGUGCCAAUGGGCGACUGGCGCACGUCACUGUGCGUGUGGGUGGAGCUGUGUGCUCGCAGGGCGGAGCUGCCCGCACUGUUGAAAGCUGCCGAUGUUCUUGUCACACUACCACCGCGGCAAAAGCGACUGCCUGAUAACAGAAUUAUUUUGGAAGAAUGCACCGCGCCACUGGGACCGUUUUUGAGACGAAUGGCAAAAGUAGCCGCUCCUAAUCCAGUUGUUAACAAUGAACCAACAGUCGAAAGCAAUUCUUCUGAGUUAUUUUUAAAAGAUCUUACAAUACCAAGUGGCGAUGGGUUAAUGGAAGUUAGAAAAGCCGGUGUCGCUUUACUGUGCCACCUGGACAGACUUGGUGCUCCUCUGCUGCCCCCGUUGAAAGGUUUUGUGACUUGUACAGAGUCUGCACAAGAAGUGGUUGCUAUUGGUUCUGGUCCGAUCCAACUUGGCAGUCUAAGAAUACAGCAAGUUGCAUGUGCUGAAAAACUGGCUCUAUUGUUAACUCAUGAUGGUGAUGUCUACACCUUACCCUACGACAGUCUGACUCCACAUUUAGUACCAGGUUUGGAAAAUAAGACGAUAAUUCAAGUGGCGUGUCAUCCGGCGGGGCGUCAUUUUUUGUGCUGCUCUGCAUGCGGCGGAGUAUGGUCGUGGGGUACGGGCGAGGAUGGCAGACUGGGUCACGGUGACACCGCGCCCAGGGAUGCCCCCGCCACCAUACACCAUCUCGCACACCAUGAAAUCAUCAGAGUUUACGCUGGAUUCGCUUGCAGUGCUGUGAUAACAUCUCGCGGCGCUCUAUACACAUGGGGUCGCGGCUCACACGGCCGUCUUGGUCAUGGCACUGUUGAGAACUGCCUCACGCCGCAGCCCGUCGCGUUUAAUGCGCAUAAUAUUGAACGCAUCGUUGACGUUGCUUUAGGUUGGGGCGAAAGUCAAACACUGUGCUGCACUCUGGAGGGCGCAGUGCAAGUGUUUGGGGAGGGCGAGAGCGGGACGCCCCGCGCGCUCUCCUCGCUCGCAAUGUUCCGUGUCACGCGCGUCUACACCGGGGAGCAUUGGCACGCUGCGCUUACUGACACUGGCCAAGUAUACACGUGGGGUAAAGGUGAACGACAUCGUCUUGGUCAUGGGAAUGCCGACUCAGUCCAGGAUCCCAAGCUGGUGGAAGCUCUUCAAGGUGUAAAGGUAAUAGACUUAUCUUUGGGUGCAACACACGGUAUAGCGUUGACAUCUGACGGCGCGUUGUAUGCGUGGGGUACACAUGAACGCGCCAAUAUGAGAAGACCAGCGCCGCAACUGUUGCAAGUUUUCAACUCUUCAUUUAAAGCCAAUGGUGCCUCUAGUAGUGCUACACAAAUAAUCGCGUGGAGCGAAGAAAAUCCCAGAGAUUUACCGUCUUCGAUGCCUUUUGUUAUAGACUUGUCUGAUAACACUUUCAUAUUUCUGGAGAGAUUGUUAAAACUUGCAGUGGAACAAAGCAGUACAGCAACGUUAAAAGAAAACGAAUGCCUAGCAAUAUCUUGUCUCAAUUUAUUAAGGCUACAAGUUCAUGCAUGGCAAUGUUCGAAAGAGGCGGAUGUGGAGGGCAGCAGUGGUAUGGAGAGACGCAGUUGGUGCAGCGGUUUGCAUGGCGCGUUGGUGGCGCUGGUGGAGGGGCGCGCAGGGGCUGCGGCGGCAGGGGCGGCGCGCCGCGCAUUAGCUGCCACAUGGCCGCUGCUGCUGCCCACACCACAGCUGCGCGCGCAACAUCUCAUCGCGCUGCUGCCACACGGUACUGCUGUAGCCAGUGCUGGGGCGAGGUUCAUGACGGAGUUGCUGGUGUGGUCGCUGCUGGGCGGCGGGGGGCUACGUGACGCGCUCAAGAAUGCCUUGCGAGCGCACGCCACCGACACAUACAACCACUUGCAACUUGAUGACGAAUACGAUCAAGUUGACAUAGUGACGGGACAACGAGGAUCUAUGUCUUCUGCUAACGCGGACGACAUCGAUGUGGAGGAAGGUGCUUGCACUGAAGAAUACCAAAUAGAUAACGCAACGACUUCAGAAGAAAAUGGAACUUCGGUACCUUUAAUGCAUUUGGUAAAACAUCUUAUUCAAAACACGACUUGUCAAACUCAAAUGCUAAUAAACGCGAUUAUCAAGGGCAAUAGCAGCAAGACCGAUGACCCCAAAGUACACGACACAGUCAGCCCUAGCUGUGAUUUGUUGCUACGUUUUCAAAGGCUUCUCUUCUGUGAGGCGAUGUGGUCGCGUGGUGGACGCAACACGCGUGGUGGCGUGCGCGCGCUGCUCGCGGAGUACGUCGCACUGCUCGCCGAGCAUGUGCUGGCCGUCGCCACGUGCUUCUCCCGCGCCGUGCGCGCUGCAGACAACGAGCAACUGCUCGCCCUCUGCAACGUCAUAAGCGCUGAUAUUAUAGGACGUGUAGUGAGCGAGCUGAGCGCAUGGGUGUGUACGUGUGCGGCGCGCUCGACGUUCUCGUUGAUGGAGUGCGUGUCAUCGCUGACGGGUGUGGCGCGCGCCUGCGACGAGGCCGCGCUCUCGCUGCCCGCCGCCGCGCGCCACGAGACAGACACACUCGGCUGGCCAGGCCUCAUCACACGUCGGCAUCACCGCAACAUCACUGUUAUCAGAAAGUGUGACAUACAGAAUCACGUAAAAGAUGGUGGAUCCUGGAUCGUGGUAUCCGGUUUCGUGUACGAUGUGGAAAAGUUCCGAUGCGACAGCGCCAGCACCGUGGAACUGGUGCGCAAGCUGCGAGGCACCGACGCCACCGCCGCGCUCAGUGAGGAGCCCCACGCUGCAUACUUGUCCGCUAUCACUGAGAAAUGUGUUGGUCUUUAUGCCGAACAAGUUCAUGGACAUCGGUGUCAAGAGAGCAUUCCGACUUUGCGAGUUUUGCACAUGUUAUCGUCGACUGCUUUCCAACUGAUGCUGGGUGUGUCGGAGUGCGGCGUGCGGCUCGCCCGCUCCUUGCCGGUACAGCAAGCUGAACGUAAAGUUGCCGCUCACGCGACAGCAGUCUUCCUAAGAGGCGGCUUGCAGGUACCGCAACUGUCGAAUCCAUUUGAAGAAGAAAAAGCGGAGGCACGAAGUGGUUCGUCAACAGGUGGCAAUAGCCCAGCGGGGGAGGUGCCGGCGCCGCGCGCUUUCGGCCCCGCCCCCCGCCCAAGUAUUACAACCGCGCAUGCGCGUGCUGACGCAUUGCUGUACGCACUCGCCGAGCCUAAGCUGCUAGAUCCUUUAGCACUGCACCUGUGGUGGGCAUGCGAGCGACGUGAGGGCUGCGCUCCACAUUUCCCCCCGGAGCACCCGGUGGAGGAGUUGCGUCGGGCGUUGCUCGCCGUGUUGCUGUACCACGUUGGCUUGAAGGAACAUGCCCUUGCAACUGCUACCACUGAAAUGAAGAAAGGCGAAGUAAGACUGUCUCCGGCGAUGUCGGAGAUACUAAAGGCCGUCCAGCAGAGCAAAUGGACACUUAUGAGAACUAGGCAACAAUUGUCACGGGGUUAUAAAGAAGUGUGUGCAGCACCUUUAGAAAGAGCAAGGUUUCUAUUGCACGAGGUGCGUCCGGCGAUAUCUCCCGCGGUGUCUGCGCUGCACAAGAGGCCGCCCGCACACCGCCCACCCUCAGCUAAGAAGAUGUUCCAAAAGGUCAUGCGAUUGGCCAAAUCGCCUUCUUUCAACAAAUGUUUUGAAACAACGAAAGACUUAAGGAAUAGACAGAAUAGUUUAAAUAAGAGUAUGUUAAGAGCUGGAGGCAGUUUACUGCAAGGCGAUGCUUUAAUAAUCAAAUCUGGACUAAGUAACACCGCUAGGCCUGUUGACGAUAUUCGCAUUAAAGUCGUAGAACCAAAGUGUUACUAUAAUUCAGAAGGACCCACUGACCCGGCUUCGAAAGAUGCCGCGAAUCAACAAACUAAAAAUAAAUUAAAACUAAAAGACAAACCACUAGAUAAAGACAUGAAAAAUGCCUCGAACUAUGACGAUAUGCGGAAUGAAGCUCGAGGUGAAUUAAAAAUAUCUGAAAAAGAAGAUGUUCAAGACAAAGACUAUGAUGACAAGACACCAACGAACGAGGUGUCAAUUAGUUCAAUCAAUGAUAUGACAGAUAAUUCCAUUUUAAAGGAAUCUAUGGAAAGCGAAAAGCAAGUACUGCUGCAGGCUGAUGAUUUAAAAAACGAAUUAUUCACUGCCGAUGAAGAGAAAGAUGAUGAUACGUCAGAAAGGAAUAAGUUUGUCAAUGCUUGGGUAGCAAAGCUAGCUUGUCAAGAGAAAGAUCUAUAUUGGAUGCUAGAAGAAGUGACAGCUGAGCAACAGAGCGUGACAACGGCCAUAAUUGAUUUCGUAAUGAGUGAAGAGUCGUGUGACCUUGACAUGCUGAGGAGAGCGUUGUAUUGCCAGGUGCAAAGAGCUGAUAUAAGAAAGAAUGGAUAUAAAAUUAUUAAUAAGAUACUCCACUCGAGUCAAACGAUGUCGGAAAGUGUUAAGUAUGCGGCCUUCGCUGGUCUAUGCGGGGCGUCGAUGGCGGAUUCACCAAAUACUCCACUUAAGCCAACAAUCCCUUUAACAUUACCCUUAAAGGGCAUCGAAUCCGUAAUACCGUAUACAAAAUACAUGGUACUUCUAGAAAGAUCUAGAUUGAUGGACUACGUACUUAUAGAGUUGAGGGCGAAAGUAUUAGAAGCAGAACAACACCAACCUAUGCCUUUGAAGAUGAGCGUUAACUUUGGAGCACACGCAUUGCUGACGAAACCAUCACGAGCAAGGUUUUUGAUAUCUCUUCUAACACUAGUGGUGGAGGGUUGCUAUGGUCCAGAGUUGGAGCAAUUGAUAAACGGCGGAGUAUUAAGUUCCUGUAUGACAUUAUUAAGGCAAAUCGGAGGAGAUACAUCUUUAUAUAAUUCUCAGAAUUCCCAAGCAGUAACAAGAUCUAAGUUUGAAUGCUUAGUUAUAUUUGAGGAUGAAAAAUUGGGUGCGCGUGCCAGGUGCGCUUCAUUAAGCGGGCCAGAGCUUGCCAGCCUCAUGAAAAUAGGUACCAGGGUAGUGCGCGGCAGAGACUGGAAGUGGGGCGACCAGGAUGGAGGUCCCGGUGGCGAAGGUCGGGUAAUCGGAGAACUAGGAGACGACGGCUGGGUACGCAUUCUGUGGGACAGCGGAGGCACUAACUCCUAUCGCAUGGGAAAAGAAGGAAAAUAUGAUUUGAAAUUAGCGCGGUCGCCUUCUCCGCCACCAUCUCUUUAUGAAGCCGAGGCUGAAAAUCGUCAGACUACGUUAGAUUGGUGGCCGGUGAAGGAGGUACGUGCGGCGUGCACGGGCGCGUUACGUGCGGCGUGUGCGCGGGCAGGCAGUGCGUACGACGUGCGCGGUGUGGUCCGGCGCAACGUGGCCGCGCUCCAACGACGUCUGCUUGUCAUCGCGCGUGCAAAUAAUGUAUCUCCACCCACCGCGUUUGCUUCUUACGCACACACUGCUGUCGCCCUGAUUAGAGCAAGCGCACAAAAUCAUGACAUGAGAAAAACAUUAUGUACCGAGUCCUGGUUCGAAUUAUGCUUUAGCAUAAUUUCCGCAGGAGACAAAACGGUCACGCAGGAUUUACUAUUCCUACAGAUCCAAUGUAUCUGGCUGCUGAAGCGUGUGUUGCUGGAGCACUCUGGGCCAGCGGAGUGGCGCAGAACUGUGGCGACGCAGCUGCUCGCGCUCGUGGGCCGACUGUGGCUCGAGACGCACCCGGCGGACCCUGCCCUGCGUCCCACACAAGCUAUAUUCACUGGCAACGAUGAGGAGGAACUUGAUAAUAGAUGGCGUGCGCCGGCGACGAGCAGCUAUACGGGCACGGUAUGCGCGGGCGCGGUGGCGCUGGUGCGUCGGUUGCACGGCGCGCCGCAAUGGCACGGGCCGCUCACUGCUGUGCUGCUCGACAAGCUGCAGAUUGCAGCGCAUACAAUAACAAACGACUGGCACUGGUGGCCACACGCAAGCCAGGAACUUACUCAAAGUAUCAAGCCAUCGCCAAUUUCUCUCAAUACUUGUCUUAUAGCUGGUGCACUAGGAGUUGUCGGUGGGUUGGAAUGGCGCAUCAGACUCGGUCAAAGAGUAAGCUUCGGAUCACCGCCGCGGUAUGGUAUAGUGACACAACUGUCUCCCAGAGCAAAGGUCACCGUAAUACACGAUGACAAUACUGUAACCAAGGUAGAACUAAGCGGUGUGACGAGCGCGGAGAGCGAGCGUAUGUCGCAGGCGUUGGGCGGCGGCGAGAGUGCGCUGCGUGUGUGCGCCGCACUGCUCGGUGUCAUGCCCAACGCAUGUCCCGUACACACGCAUCCCUUACCUGCUGAUGUAGAUGUUUACGGUUUGAGAAGACAGCAAAUGGAACUCCUGAUGCUAUGCGCUGUCAGAGGUCUGCUGUCAACUCGGACGAAGCUCAGGAAGGUCUUACUACAACCUCCGGAUAAUGCAAGUACAUUGGAAAGAAGUGGUAUGGGUAUGGGUAUAGGCACAGAAGGCACUCUACUGCGACGUUUACUCGCGCUGGCGGUGCGGCCGAGCCCGCUCUCAGGAUCGCACUCUCCACGAGACCUCGCCAACGCCGCCAUCGCCUUAGUGCAACAACUAGCAGCACACGUCGCUGGAGAUGAAAAAGAAGUUGAUUCCCCACCGGAAGUGCCAGUUGUGGCCAAGAGUAAUGCGUUGCAGUUCUCUACGGGUCCUUCUACUAGUACAGCAUCAUUAUCAAGAAAAGACUUAAACUCAUGGGCGAACUCGUCUCAAGUACAGCAGGUUAUAGAAAUGGGUUUCUCCAGACAUGCCGUCCAUGCAGCUAUUCAAACAUUGGGUGGUAACUUCGUGCCGACUGUUGAAUCACUGGUCGCAUAUCUACUGGAGCAACAGCAGCAUUACUUCGACGAGUCUACGUCAGAGGUGAAGGCGCACACGUCGAAGCAGGAGAAGCGACCGGCGCCGUACCGCUGGCGCAGUUGUUUCUCGUCCGAGGAGGAGUACGCUCAAUACCUCUCUGACGUCAUAGCUCCAGGAAUGACUGUACGAUGCUGUAAGGCGUAUGAAGCUGUUUCCUUGGGCGACGUUGGCCAAGUACAAAAGAUAGAGCGUGAUAACAAACAAAAUGUAUUUUUGCACGUGGAGUGGCGCGGACUCGGGGGCGUGUACGGCGUACGUGCACUACACGCAGAGGUGGUGUCUGGCGCACCGCCCUUCGCGCCGGGUGAUCGCGUACGCGUUCGUGCCGCCGUCACGCAGCCUCGCUACAAGUGGGGCUGCAUUGACCACACGUGCAUCGGCACCGUCACAGGGGUUUCUGGUAACGGACGCGACUUGCGAGUUGACUUUCCGCAACAGCCAGGAUGGACGGGUCAAGUCAGUGAGAUGGAGCUUGUCACAGAUCAAUCGGAGUGGGGUGAAAGUGCUAGCGGUGCGGCGGUAGGCUGGCGUGGUGCGAUCCGAGCGCUACGCGUAUCCUCCAGCCGAGAGGAGCACGGUGCAAGGCGCUUGGUAGAUGGUGUGCCUCACACGUAUUGGCAGAGUGACAGCGGGACUGGGGAGCAUUGGAUCCGUGUGGAAAUGCGUUCGGCGGUGCGUAUCCGCCGACUGGGUGUGGGCGUGGCGGGCGGCAAGUACGCGGUGGCGUCGUUGUCGGUACGCGCGGGUGUCAACUUUGAGGACGCCAUGCUGUUGCUGCACACGGUGCAGUGCGCCCCGCCCACACGCGACCGACCACCCGCCCACCUCUCACAGAUACAAUUACUGGCCGACUGCAAGCAGUUCUAUCCCUGUAUAGAGAUCAGUAUUAAGCAACCCCAAAACAAUAAUGCAGAUUGUCGCGUACAUGGAUUAUACAUCACGGGCUUUCGACCGAAUCCUCUCUACUCGGAAGUCUUGUCUAGCAUGAGUUUCGUAGCUGAAGAUUGGAUAGAGAAAGAUAAUCGUACCCUUGCAGCUUCUACUGAAUGUAAUCCAGGAUCGUCUCAAAGUGAUUGCCCUAAGGUGUAUGUUUGGGGUUUGAAUGAUAAAGACCAGUUGGGAGGUGUUAAAGGAUCAAAAGUAAAAGUUCCCGUAUUCUCGCCCGUCUUGAGUGCGUUAAAGCCGAUCCAUAUUGCUGGUGGGUCGAAGACACUUUUCGUUGUGUCCCAUGAUGGCAAAUUGUACGCGUGCGGAGAGGGCACGAACGGCCGCCUGGGACUGGGUCACAGCAACAACGUAUCGACGCCGCGCGCCAACCCGUACCUCGCACACGUACUUGUGCGCCGCGUUGCGGUACACUCCGGCGGCAAACACGCCCUCGCGCUCACCGCGGACGGAAAGGUUUAUUCAUGGGGUGAAGGCGAGGACGGAAAGCUCGGCCACGGCAAUCGGCUCACGUUAGAAGCUCCGCGCAUGAUAGAAGCAUUAGCCAGCGAGCGAGUGGUGGGCGUGGCGUGUGGCUCCGCCCACAGCGCAUGUGUUACCGCCCGCGGACAUCUAUACACGUGGGGUUUGGGAGAGUAUGGCCGGCUGGGACAUGGUGAUGAUACCACACAGCUCUCGCCGAAAAUGGUGGAGGCUUUAGCUGCGUACAGGGUGGUGCAAGUGGCCUGUGGGUCUCGUGAUGCGCAGACACUAGCGUUGACGAUGUGUGGGAAAGUGUUCUCGUGGGGUGAUGGAGAUUUUGGAAAGUUAGGUCGCGGUGGUUCAGAGGGGUGCGCUGUGCCCAUGAAUAUUGAGAGACUGAAUACGCUAGGAGUGAUACAAGUGGAAUGUGGUGCCCAGUUCAGCUUAGCUUUAACAAGAGACGGAGAGGUAUGGACUUGGGGUAAAGGCGACUACUUCCGUCUGGGGCAUGGGCUGGAUGCUCAUGUGCGUCGGCCUACGUUAGUGGAGGCGCUACGUGGCCGCCAGGUCAUACACGUUGCGGUGGGCGCAUUGCACUGCCUUGCCGUCACCAGCGAUAAUCAGGUGUGGGCGUGGGGUGACAACGACCAUGGGCAGCAGGGCAACGGCACGACAUGUGUGAACCGUCGGCCGGCCCCCGCUGCGGGCGUGGAGGGCGUACAGCGCGCCGCCGCUGGCUCCUCCCACUCGGCCGCAUGGGCGCUGCGAUCCCACACUAACCCCCCACCUCUCACGCAGCUGCCUGUACCGCUGCCGUUCCCAACCCUCAAGGACCCACUAGGAGCUAACAGUUUAGGCUUGUACGCCGAAGAGACGGGCAUAGAAGAGCCUCAAGGGCCCCGGCCGUCUUUAGCGUCGGCGUCAUUACCUCUAGAACCACCCGUCACCGUCCAACAUGCGUUAUCUUUGAUAUUACUUGCAUUGUAUAUCACUCAGGCGCGCAGUCUACUGGUGGAGGCAUUACGGUCGCACGAGGCGUGUUCCUCUACGCCGGUGUCUAUCAGCUUGGAUGUGGAGGAAGAGGAUCCGGAGGCAGACGCUCGCACAGGCGGCGGGGAGGCGCCCGCUGACAAGACUACGCUACCAAGUGGUACAAGCAGUCCUCUAAGUGGAUCUAUAUCUUCACGGCAUUCGACUUUAAUGUCCUCAAGCGCUGUAUCUGUGGCCGCUGCGACGAUGACCGUGCAGCAAGCGGAGGCGCCUAAAUUGUUGCUGGAUGAUUUUACUACAAACUUAGGCGAGACCGACGCUCGGGCGCUAGUGGACCUGUUAAAACUCGCUGCGGCGGGCCGCGUGCCUGAUGCUAACAAUGCCGUCAAAAUUAUUACCGAUGUUUUAAUGGCACUAUGUGCGAGCAAGCCUGAAGUAGCAGAUAUGGUAGUGGAGGUGUGUGUAUGCGAGCUCGAAGAGGCUGCAGCAGGCGGCGGGCGCUCCUCCCUGCAGCCCACUACUGUCGACAGCCCACAUCCUUACGCUGACGAUACCGAUAUCUCAGGAGUGGUUAAGAUUCCGGGGGCGACGUCUUUACGCGUAAUGUUCGAGCCGGGUUGCUCGACGGAACGCCGCAAUGAUCCACUGACGAUAUCCGAUGUGACGGGUCGUGUACUCGCCACGCGCUCCGGACGCGAGCCCGCCGAUUGGGCGCAGGAAAUACUAGUCAACGGUGAUGAAUUACGAUGGAGAUUCACGAGUGACGGAUCAGUGAACGGAUGGGGAUGGAGGUUCACGGUUCAUCCAAUACAUGCAGUGACCGAGAUUGGAUCGGAUCGCUGCGUCCUAUCAUGUCCAUCUGUAGAGUUAGCGUGGCGCUUGCUCGACGGUCCUUUGCUCAAGGCCAUCUCCAAUGACCACGAGCUCGCGCCGAGACUCGCACAGGCACUCGCUAUAUGUGCACAGAUGCCGACACUGACGUGGCGUGCUCGUGUAUGGUGCGUGCGUCGACUACGCGGUGUGGUGUGUGGGAUGGGAGGUGCGCGCGAGUCGGGCGUGGGGGGCGUGUCGCCGCCCGCGCUGCAGCGCUUGCCGCAGCUGCUGCAGGCGCAGUACGAACACGAGGAGCCUGCGCUGCGCACCGGCACGCAUCUACUGCACACGCAUUACCUCAAAGAGCUAGCAUGGCUCGCGUGCGGACUACGGAUAGAUUCACGGGUAUGCACAGGCGCAGAGAGCGCUCGGUGGGCGUGGUUUAAACGGUACUGCCUGUGCAUGCGCACGGCGGACGCUCUGUUACGACGCGCCCCGAUGCCCGCACCCUUCCUUGCAGACGUGCGCAAGCGGCUGGCAGACCUCGGCGUUUAUAAUAACGAAGACGCCGGCGACGCACAACAACCCUGGGAGGAUAAUACAAAGUUUACAAAACAACAUGAUGAACAGCUGUUACAUUGGGUUAAUAAGCGACCAGACGAAUGGUCUGGUUGGUGGUCUGGAGGUUCGCGCGGGUGCGUGGUAUACGGCUGGGGACAUAACCACCGAGGUCAGCUGGGCGGUGUAGAGGGCGCCAAAGUGCGCUCGCCCGCCGCCUGCGCCGCGCUCGCCGCACUCAACCCCGUACAACUUGUGGGCGGCGAACAGACCUUGUUUGCAGUCACGCCUGAUGGAAAAGUCUAUGCCACUGGAUACGGUGCAGGAGGUCGUUUAGGAAUAGGUGGUAUUGAUUCUGUCUCGCAGCCUACACUUUUAGCGUCUAUUCAACAUGUUUUUAUUACUAAGGUGGCGUGCAACUCUGGGGGCAAGCACUGUUUAGCUCUAUCAGUAGACGGCGACGUGUACAGCUGGGGCGAGGGCGAAGACGGCAAGCUGGGACACGGCAAUAGAGUGAGCUACGAUCGACCGAAGCUGAUAACAACUUUAUCCGGCUUGGAAGUGGUUGCGAUCGCGUGCGGCGGCGCGCACUCAGCUUGCCUCACCGCGCGCGGCCGCAUCUACACCUGGGGCAAGGGACGAUACGGACGCCUAGGACACGGCGACUCUGAAGACCAGCUCGUACCCAAGAUGGUGGAGGUUUUGUCACAAUACCGUGUGAUAGACGUGGCGUGCGGUUCAGGGGACGCGCAGACUCUCUGCAUCACUAGUGACGACAACGUCUGGUCCUGGGGCGACGGCGAUUACGGCAAACUGGGUCGUGGCGGUUCUGAAGGCUGCAAAUUACCGAUGAGAAUAGACUGCCUAAAAGGUCUGCGUGUUAUCAAAGUGGAAUGUGGCUCGCAGUUCUCUGUUGCUCUAUGUCAGUGCGGAAGUGUUUACACUUGGGGCAAAGGUGACUACCACAGAUUGGGGCACGGCAGCUACGACCAUGUGCGCCGUCCGAUGCGCGUCACAGGCAUGCAAGGCAAAGUUAUCACUUCGAUUGCGACUGGAAGUCUGCAUUGCGUGGCAUGUACUGACACGGGUGAGGUAUACACGUGGGGCGACAACGACGAGGGUCAGCUCGGUGACGGCACCACGCUCGCCGCUCAGCGUCCACGGCUGUUGAUGGCCUUACAGGGUAAACGCGUGACGAAAGUAGCUUGCGGCAGUGCUCACACAGUGGCGCUGUGCGUAGAGGCGCCGCGCGCGCCCCGCCCACCGCCCGACCCGCCCCUCGAAUGCCAUUUGCUGCGCGACCUUUCGCCGCAACUAAUUUGCAACAGAUUGGUGCUACUUCAUCAGUUUUCGGAAUUAGUGUGUCCGAAUCUCUCGUUAUUGGUUUUGGACGGACCAUUGGAUCAAUUGAGAACAUUGUUGUUCUAUAGUGUCAAAGAGGCAGCAUUUAGAAAGGCGAUAAUGGCGACGAUGGUGCGCGAGCGUCAACACGGCCCAGUGGUGGAGCUGUCUCGUGUGGGCGCGCGGAGAGCGCGGCGCGGCGGCAGCGGGUUGGCGGGGCCUAGUGGCAUGCGCUCCGUCUUUGGCCAGAUGGUGGCGCGUCUGCCUGCACUCACACAGGAUGCUCUCGCUUUGCCACAUCGUGUGUGGAAAGUCAAGUUUGUUGGUGAGAGUGUGGACGACUGCGGCGGCGGGUACAGCGAGAGCAUAGCGGAGAUGUGCGAGGAGCUGCAGAAUGGCUCUCUGCCGCUGCUCAUGGCCACGCCCAACGGCCGCGGCGACGCGGGUGCCUCUCGCGACGCCUUCCUGCUCAAUCCCACUGCCAACACGCCGUUACAUCUCAACUGCUUCCGAUUCCUAGGUGUAUUGAUGGGCAUCGCGAUCCGCACGGGGUCGCCACUGGCGCUGUCGCUUGCGGAGGGCGUGUGGAGACAGUUAGCGGGGCAGCCGCUGCGCCCUCAGGACCUUGCCGAGGUCGACAAAGACUUCCUGCCUGCCCUCCUCUGUAUACGAGACAUGACGCCCGCCAACAAGGAACUGCAAAACCUGGAGCUGCCAUUCUCAAUUCCAUCCGCCGCGGGUCACGAGGUACCGUUGUCGACGCGGCACAAACGUGUCACGCCCGAUAACAAGGACGAGUAUGUGCAGCUCGCGUUACAUUACAGACUGCACGAGUUCGACGAGCAGGUGGUGGCGGUGCGGGACGGCAUGUCGCGCGUCAUCCCCUCCCCGCUGCUGGCGCUCUUCACUGCUGCAGAGCUUGAGACCCUCGUCUGCGGCUCUCCAGACAUACCUGUGCAGGCUCUGAGAGCUUCCGCUACCUAUAAAGGUAUAGACCCAAACGCGCCGCUGGUGCAGUGGUUCUGGGAGGUGAUGGAAGAGUUGUCAGGCAGCGAGCGCGCGCUCUUCCUGCGCUUCGUGUGGGGCCGCACGCGAUUGCCGCGCGCCCCGCAGGAUCCCAGGCAGAGGGACUUUGUUCUACAAGUAUUGGACAAGUACCAGCCGCCUGACCACUUCCUGCCCGAGAGCUACACAUGUUUCUUCCUUCUCAAGAUGCCAAGAUACUCAUGCAAAGCUGUUUUACGAGAGAAAUUAAGAUACGCCAUCCACUUCUGUAAGAGCAUCGACACGGACGAAUACGCGCGGGUGGCGCUGAGCGCGGCGGAGCGCAUCUCCUCCGAGGAGUCUGACUCGGACGGCGACGCCACGCCCACACCCGCCUCGGUGCCCGCCCCCGCGCCCGCACUCUACUCCCUCACGCGCCCGCCCACAUGGCUCUAGUUCCGUAUAUCACACAAAUUUACUUAUAAGAUUUUAAACCUUUUCUUUAUGGCUCACCAGCCGGAUUAUGGGAACCACAAUUUUUAAUAAUUAUAUAUAAGAUCAUUAGAGUUACAUCAAAUAUGUCUUGAUGAUGAUAAUAUUUUUAGAUUGGUAUAACACAACAAAUUUUUGUGCAUAAGUUGGCAAUAGUGGCACAAGAAAUAGAUAUGUUCUUAGCUCUUCCUCUUCUUAAUUACAAUAUUGCGAAAGCUGUUAAAAUACACAGAUCUCGCUGAUCAUCCAUAUCAAUCUCAACAAAUGUGCAAUAAGGAAUUUAAUCAAAGAAAAUAUUUGUAGAGAAUUACAUAGUAUCCUAUUAAAAUUUCACUAGUAUUGAUAAUAGACAUUGAUGAGAUUUUAUCAUACAUUUAGACGCUAAUUUUAUGCAAAAAAAUAUCACCAAGUUUUCAAAAUAUUCUCAGUAAAAUCGUAUUUAUAAUGAAAAUCUUAUCUGAACCACCGAUAGAGUAUUACAAAAUUCACAUUAACUCAUAGUUGUUGUCAAAAUAAUGUUUUACCAGCC